AUGUGUAAACAUUGGAAAACUUUUAGUCAAAAUUUUGCCAGAUUAUUAGAAGAAGGUGACGAAUACGACUUGGUUAUAAACGUCGGACAGGAGCCAUUAAUGAAAUCAUUUAAAGCACACAAAGUUAUAUUGAGAACGCAUUCAUCGUAUUUUCAUAAAGCGCUUUCAAGUAGGUGGGCCAAACAAGAAGACGGCAAGGUUAUAUUUAACAAACCAAACGUUUCUCCUCCGGUAUUUGACGUUAUUUUAAAGUACAUGUAUUCAGGAAAUUCCGAAAUCGAAAAUCAAGAUGGGGACUUCAUUUUAUCACUUAUGACAGCAGCGGAUGAAUUACUUUUGAAGGAAUUCGUAGAUGAAUUACAAGAAACUUUAGUUAAUGAUAGGACAAUAUGGAUACAAGAAAAUUUUCAUCGCGUGUUGGAAUUUGCAUUUUCAAACUUAACUUACGAUAAAUUACAAGAACAUUGUUUAAAGGCCAUUUGUGCGGAUCCGCCAUUACUUUUUGGUAGUGAAUAUUUCAGUUGUAUGGAUUCGACCAUACUCAAAUCGUUAUUAAAGCGUGAUGAUUUAGCGAUACACGAAGCUGAAUUAUGGAGUCAUGUGACUCAAUGGGCCACAAAACAAUUACACACGAUUGAAACCAAUGCGUUAAUUUCGACUGAUCCAAUUAAAUGGGGUUCAGAAACGAUGCAAACCUUUAAAAAGAUUUUAGAAGAUUGCGUUCCACUUAUCAGAUUUACACUUAUGAAACCAACAGAAUUCAAGGAGAAAGUAUGGCCAUAUAAAGAUUGUAUUCCUUCAAAAUUAUAUGAUUCGAUCAUGUGGCAUGUUUGGAGUAAUAACACUUCGGCUAGGCAUGAUAGUUUUAUGUUUAGUUUUGGUGAAGGUAGAGAUACCAGAGAUCCUGUAUUGAGUAGAGUUAGAGCCGCAGGUUACGAUUUAGCCUUAACGAGAGGUCAAGAAAGAGGUAUGGAGGAAUUAGAAAUGUUUAAAAUUACCAACAAACCUCUCUUUUCCGGUUUUUAA